AUGGCUAUUGGUUACCAACAAAUUACGCGUUUUGCUGAGUUGGUUAACAAGAGUAGGAUUUUUGAUGUGGAUAGUAGGGAGAGUGCUUCUCACUACAAGUCCUUAAGUGAUAAGAAUGGAAAAGGGAAAUUCUGCGGGAAGCCUUAUGGUGACAAGAGGAAAGAGAAAGUAGGUUGUGACAAGAAGUCAAAUGGGGGAGGAGCUCCCACUUUGAUUAGAUGUUAUUGGAGUGACAAGACAAAGAAUAAGCAAGCGAAAGGGGAGGUGUUGUUUUCUGGUUCUGAGACUGCUACUGAUGAUAGGCUUAUUCGAGAUACUCAUGCUAUGAGUUCUAUGACUACUUCAUUUGUUUGUUUAAAUUGUUCGUUGAGUAUUUUUGGUAGAUAUUUUAGAAUUGAUCUAGCGUGUCUUCCGUUAGAUAAACUUGACGUUUUUCUCAGGAUGAAUUGGUUGGAAUAUAAUCGUUUUUAUAUCAAUAGUUUUGACAAGACGAUUAUCUUUCCUGGAAUUGGUGUUGAGGAAGAUUUUUUUUGUCUGCCAACAAUAGUUCUUGAUUUUUCGGAGGUAUUUCCUGAAGAUGUAAGUGAUUUACUGUCAAAACAUGAGGUGGAGUUUAUGACCGACUUAGAUCCCAGAAUGAGUCCUGUAUCGAUAGAUCCAUAUUAG